AUGUCGUCAAUACCUUUAUCAAGCGAUACAAUCGCUCUAAUGAAGUCAGCACAAAAAUAUUUAUAUCAAUUUGGUUGUCCGAUUUUAAUGUUUAUCGGUACGGUCAGUUGCAUUAUCAAUUUAAUUGUUUUUACUCAAAAAAUUCUACGAAAAAAUCCAUGCUCAAUCUAUUUUAUUGCAUAUAAUGUUGCUAAUUUUAUAUAUAUUUAUUCUUCAUUAUUAGCUUUAACACUGAGCGUAGGAUAUAGUAUUGAUGCUAGUGUAUACAACCUAAUUAUCUGUCGUCUUCGUCUUUACACAGUUACUUUGUUCAAUAUUUUGAGUCCAUUUUAUAUAAUUUUGGCUUCUAUUGAUCGAAUUUUGAUUACUUCAUCCAAUGCUCUAACACGACAACGAAGUACUCGUCGUCUUGCGUAUUUAUGUAUUAUUAUUGGAACAUUAUUUUGGGCAUUAUUUCAUAUUCAUGCAUUAAUUGCUUCAAGUAUUACACAACUUGCUCCUAAUACUUUUCUUUGUUAUUUUCAACCAGGUGUUCAUCUUAUUUUCGUAAGUUAUUAUGCUCUUAUCAAAGAAACUUCGUCACUUUCAUUAAUGAUAAUAUGUGGAUUAUGGUCUAUCAAGAAUAUUCGAAGUAUGGGUCGUGUUAGAAUGAUUGUUAAUACAUCUGUAAGUAAAACUACUACAGGAGGUAGUAUUCAGUCAAAUUCAUCAAAAGAUCAACAACUUAUGUUCAUGUUACUUAUGGAUAUCAUUAUCUAUGCUUCAUUUAGUUUCGUAUUUGUAAUCUAUCUCAUGUAUCAACAAACAACACAAAAUUAUAUAAAAAAUGCUGAACGAAUACAGAUUGAAACUUGUAUUAGAAAUAUAUGUCUAUUUAGUGCUGGUAUUCCAUUCUGCACUAGUUGUUAUGCAAAUUUAAUCGUAUCGAAAACCUUUCGAAGUGAAGCAAAAAAAGCAAUUUCAUGGAAACGAAUUUUGUGCAUCAACUAA